GCGAGAGAAGGAGGGAGAGAGGGGGGUGUUUAGCUCAUAUCCUGCCUGGUUCCGACUCCGCUGCUGUGCGUGCCCUGCGCAGGAGGAAGCCUAAAUCCCGGAUCCUGCAGCUGGGGUUCCCCUCACGAAGGGCAGGAGAGAAGUGCGCAGGAUAGAGGAGGAGAGGGAGAGAAGGUGAGACAGGGAGAGCGAGAAGGAGAGAGAGAGGGGGGAGGAAUCAGAGUCGCCACAUCCCCGCUGAGGGAGAGCAUUUACGCGCGACCCAGCUGCACAUCUCCAGCAUCAGGACUAAAUCCCACCAGGACAACUUUCCUGUUUUGGACCGGAACUGGGAGACGUGGGGAGGAAAAGGUGAACUUUUAGCAGCAGACGGUUUCCAUGUCGAGGCGAACUUCCUCUUAAGGUGCCAAUUACAAAGAGUCUGGGUCGAAGCCUCUCUAGUCACUGGUGACCCUCUUGGCUAGCCAUGUUGUCAACUUUCUGGCUCCGAAGUGAAAGGGAUUACCUCAUUUUCAGUCCUCGAUGAAGAAAGAAGACCAACGCAGGAAAAUUAAGAGCUUAUGUGCCUGUUUCAGGGUCUGACCGCUGUUGCUUCCUGGUGAAACACAAGUGCUUUUUGGAGAGGAGCCUAAAACGAUGACUCGGUGCUGCUCAGGCAUACGUGGAGCGCUGGCUCUCCUGAUGCUCCUGUUCACCCUCAGGGGCAGAGGCUGCUGCUGGGGGCUGAAGUCCACCUCUGGGGACCUGGAGAAGUCCCCGCACUCUGAUCCAGACCCCUGGGAUGGCCUGCAGAGGCACAAACGCAGCUGGGUAUGGAACCAGUUCUUCGUAUUGGAGGAGUACACAGGAAAUGAGCCGCUCUACGUUGGCAAGUUACACUCAGAUGUUGACAAAGGAGAAGGGAAGGUGAAGUACGUGUUAACUGGCGAGGGUGCCACUUCUAUCUUCACCAUUGACGAGAACACUGGAGACAUCCACGCUACUAAGCGUCUGGACCGGGAAGCCCAGGCUUACUACACCCUCCAAGCUCAAGCUAUAAACAGACUAACGAACAUACCUGUAGAGCCUCGGUCGGAGUUCGUGGUCAAGGUGCAGGACAUCAACGACAACGAACCCAAGUUUCUAGAUGGGCCGUACAUGGCAGGAGUACCAGAGAUGUCACCAUUAGGAACCAUGGUGGUGCAAGUGGCAGCCACAGACGCGGAUGACCCGACAUACGGGAACAGCGCCCGGGUCGUCUACAGCAUCGUCCACGGACAGCCGUACUUCUCCGUAGAGCCAAAAACAGGUGUCAUCAGAACAGCUCUACCCAACAUGGACCGGGAGACGAGGGACCAGUAUGUGCUGGUCAUCCAGGCUAAAGACAUGGUGGGUCAAAUGGGCGGCCUCUCCGGCACCACCUCCGUUACAGUGACGCUGACCGAUGUCAACGACAACCCACCUCGGUUCUCUCACAAGAGCUAUCAAUACACCGUGCUGGAGGUGCUGCCUGUCAAAUCGGUGGUGGCCAGAAUCAAAGCCGCAGAUGCUGAUAUAGGCUCCAAUGCAGAGAUGGACUACAGGAUUAUGGACGGUGAUGGACCCGGCAUGUUCAACAUCACUACAGAUGAGGAGACACAAGAAGGGGUCAUUACCCUUCAAAAGCCUUUAGACUUCGAGACAAGAAACAGCUUUUCUCUAAGAGUCGAAGCCACAAACAGGAAUAUUGACUCCAACUUCUUAAGCUUGGGUCCAUUUAGUGACAUAACAUCUGUCAGGGUGACAGUGGAAGAUGUGAAUGAGCCGCCAAUCUUUUCCUCACCACUCAACAAGAUGGUGGUUUCAGAAGACGCCAAGGUGGGCACCUCCAUCGGGAGAGUAUCCGCCCAUGACCCGGAUACCUCCAGCAGUGCAAUCAGGUACUCCAUCGACAGGAACACGGACUUGGACCGCUUCUUUAAUGUGGACGCUCUGAGUGGGGUCAUCAGCACAGCCAAGCCUCUGGACCGAGAAGUCAAUUCAGUUCAUAAUCUUACCAUCUGGGCCACUGAGAGCCAGGACCCAGCCCAAAUCGGGAAAGGCAUCGCUCUCAUCACAGUGUUGGACAUAAACGACAACGCCCCAGUCUUUGCUAUAGAAUACGACACAACCCUGUGUGAAAAUGCCAUGCCUGGACAGCUGAUUCGGACGAUCAGCGCGGUGGAUAAGGACGAACCUCUGAGCGGUCAUCGCUUUUAUUUCACCCUGGAUGCGCCUGUUGCUGGCAAUCUCAACUUCACACUGCGGGAUAACAAAGACAACACGGCGUCCAUACUGACGAAGAGAGGUGGCUUCAGAAGGAGCGAGCAGCCUGUUUAUCGCCUACCCGUGUUGAUUACAGACAGUGGAAGUCCAGCCCUCAGCAGCACAAACACACUCUCGGUGCGUGUGUGUGAGUGCGACUCAAACGGCGAGACCUUGUCAUGUGGAGCGGUGGCCUACACGGCCACUGGUCUGAGUACCGGCGCCCUCCUGGCUAUUCUGGGCUGCAUCAUCACUCUUCUGGUGAUGGUUCUGCUAAUUGUGACGAUGCGCCGCAGGAGGAAGCAGCCUCUUAUUCUUGAUGAGGAGAGGGACAUCAGGGAGAACAUUGUCCGUUAUGAUGACGAGGGAGGAGGAGAGGAAGACACGGAGGCCUUUGACAUGGUCACCCUACGCAACCUCAACAUCGUCCGAGAUCCUAGUGUACGGCGGGACGUCACACCAGAUACUCCCACAUUUUUUCAUUACACCUCAGUGUCUCGCCCACCCUACAAGUCCCUGCCGGAGAACGUGGUGUUUCGGGAGUUUAUUUGGGAGCGGUUGAAGGAUGCCGACGUGGACCCAACAGCACCUCCGUACGACUCUCUGCAGACGUAUGCUUUUGAAGGCAGCGGCUCUGUGGCCGAGUCACUAAGCUCUCUGGAGUCUCUAAGUACAGACUCGGAUCAGAACUACGACUAUCUGAGCAAUUGGGGACCACGCUUUAAAAAGCUGGCCGAUCUUUAUGGCAACAGUGACAGCAGCGGCGUAUUCUCAUAGCCCACGAAGCAUUCCUCCUAAACUCUAAAACAUCCAAGUAAUAUAUUGUCAAGGAAAACCAUUUUGUCCGCCUUAGUGCAUCGGAGGAAAGAGAUUCAAAGACAACACAAGAGAUUGAGCUAAAAACUCUUUGACUUCAAAGAUUUUUGGUUUGUUUACCUGCCUGUAUGGAUUUUCAAAAGCGUGCUAUGGCGAGUUUUGACACAGACUUCAAAAAGUGGCUCGACUGAGGAGGAAGCCUUGUGUGCAAAAGACAUUAAAGGUUUCACAUUUGGGCUCGAUUCCAGCCGUUGACUGCAAAAUGCAUCACAUGUUGAAGCGGUAUUUUUUUUGUGUGUGUGUGAGUGUGUGUGUUUUUUUUAGUGACGAGGCACCUGUCCUUUCACUCCAGUGAUGGGCACAGGCCCAACGCUGCUGCUUUGAUGCAUUCCUUUGCAAUCUUUGUGCUAAAAAAACAUAAAAGUUUCUCAUGAAAUGCUGUCCCCCUGGCAGCUAAUUGGUGGUCACUCGGCUGCUCGUAUUAAAUAUGAGAACAUUUUUUUCCUUUCUCUGCCUUUUCAGAACUAUGGUAAUAGGGGCUGUUUUUUCUAAACUUUUACAUCCAGAGCCACAUUACCCUCGGACUCGGUCAUGCCUCCUAACUCUACACAUGGUGCAGUUUAAACAAGUUGUUUAUGUGCUAAGGAAGUGAUUUGAAUCAUAAAAAAUGGUUUUCUGUAUCUACAAGGUGAAACAGGAUGAUGUCUCUUCUCCUAACAAUACAGUUUGCAGGUGUUGCGAUGUAGUACGUGUCUUGGUCUCUUUCUACUUCUGACUUUCUAUUUUCUCAGCUGUUGGGGUUUCGUUGUCCUGUUUUUUUUACGAGGUCAGUGGCUCAUCGAGAAGCUGCACCAAUGGACUCCUUCCUGUGGUGUUUGACAUUCACCCAGACUUGACAGUUUAAAAAAAAAGUUUUUAAGAUGGCAGUUAUUUCCAAGCUGAAGUUGCGGUGUGUAAGUAAGUUAAUUUUGCUUCUGUAGUUUGCUAAUUCCAGCAUAUAUUGUCAUUUAAAAUUCAAUUUUUUUUAAAAACUGUAUGGUUUGAAUAUUGACGGUAAAAGGACACCCUGUAUGAUACUCAUGUUGUGGCAAAAUUUUGUUACAGUUGGGUGCAACCAAUAAGUAUUAUUUAUUUUAAAGAGGCAGAACUGUGCAAACAAUGUUUUUAUCCUUUUUGCUGAAAAUAAAAUGACAUUCAGUUA